AUGGAGAAUAUUCAGCUUCUCGCAUAUAUUAUCAUCUCUAUUACUUUCGCCAUUGGCGCCGUAUCCUUUCUGGGCAGAUGGUACAGUCGUGGUCUCAUUGUUCGUGCCUUCGGAUGGGACGAUGUGUUUUCCAUUUUCUUAAUGCUUGUCAAUAUCCUGCAACAAGCCAUAUUGUACAUAUUCCUACGAUACGGGUGUGGCAGGCACGCGACAACUUUAUCAGGCGAUGAUCUCGAGCAAAUUACGAAGUGGCUAUUCUUUGAGGAGAUUUUCUACAUGCUCACUCACUGGACUAUCAAGCAGACCUUCCUCAUGUUCUACCUGCGUUUAUCUCCUAGCAUCACUUUUCGGCGAUUGGUAUACGGCACUAUGCUAUUGAAUGCAGCUUUCACGGUCACGAAUUGGCUGUUGGCAUUCCUGCAAUGUGUCCCCUUCGACGCCAUUUUUCACCCUGCCUUAUAUCCAGACGCUGACUGCAUCGACAAAAACAUUCUACUGAUGGGCCCGUCUGUAUUAAAUAUCAUCGCCGAUGUUACUAUCUUGAUAUUGCCAAUACCAACUGUUUUAAAGCUUCAGAUGUCGAAACGACGCAAGAUUGCCGUCAUAUCAGUGAUCAGUUUCGGCGGUUCCGCCGUCGUUGUUGCUGCAUGUCGGUUUUUUAUCCUCUACGAGCUUGGUCACGACCCCGAUACAUCCUAUGUGCUUGGCAAAAUGGUCAUUGUAGCUGGCUUCGAGAUCCAACUGGCUGUAAUUGCUGUGAACUUGCCCUCCAUGAAAGUGUUAUGGACAAAGCUCUAUGGCAACUCGGUCACCGAGGAAAGUUAUAUAGAAGAUGGUUCCAAGAGCAAAUCAUACAGCUUGUCGACUUUGAAGCGAGGCAUGGCGAGAAAUCAGAAGGCCGGACCGGUCGCAGAUGUCAGCAUAACCAACCAUAUGGCUAGCAUAUUUGCAUCCGAGUCCGAAGAAGAGCUGUGGGGUAAAGAAAGUCAGGGUAAUGUUCUCAUCACCAAGUCUGUGCACAUUUCGCGAGCAGACCGAGACGGAUCCAUUCCGCCGGGUAACUGA